AUGGCACCAAAGUUAUCAUCUGUCGCUAAGACUGCUCAAUUAGCCGCCUCAGCUUUAAGAAACAACAAUGCUGUCACUAGAACCUUGAGACAAUCAGGUCAAUUCCAAGCUUUAAGAAUGAUGGAUGGUGCUCGUGCUGCCUCUUCUACUGCUGAAAAGAAAACCAUUACUGUCAGAGAUGCCUUGAACGCCGGUCUUGCUGAAGAAUUGGACCGUGAUGAUGAUGUGUUUUUAAUGGGUGAAGAAGUUGCUCAAUAUAAUGGUGCUUAUAAAGUUUCCAGAGGUUUAUUAGAUAGAUUUGGUGAAAGAAGAGUUAUUGAUACUCCAAUUACUGAAAUGGGUUUCACCGGUUUAGCUGUUGGUGCUGCUUUACAUGGUUUAAAACCAGUUUUGGAAUUUAUGACUUUUAAUUUCGCUAUGCAAGCCAUUGAUCAAAUUGUUAAUUCUGCUGCUAAAACUUAUUAUAUGUCUGGUGGUAAACAACCAUGUAAUAUUACUUUCCGUGGUCCAAAUGGGGCUGCUGCUGGUGUCGGUGCUCAACAUUCUCAAUGUUAUGCUGCUUGGUAUGGUUCAAUUCCAGGUUUGAAAGUUGUUUCUCCAUAUUCUGCUGAAGAUUAUAAAGGUUUAAUUAAAGCUGCUAUUAGAGAUCCAAAUCCAGUUGUUUUCUUAGAAAAUGAAAUUGCUUAUGGUGAAACUUUUGAAAUCUCUGAAGAAGCUUUAUCAUCUGAUUUUGUUUUACCAAUUGGUAAAGCUAAAGUUGAAAUUGAAGGUACUGAUAUUACUUUAGUUGCUCAUUCAAGAACUGUUAAAUUCUGUGUUGAAGCUGCUGCUACUUUAGAAAAACAAUAUGGUGUUAAAGCUGAAGUUAUCAAUUUAAGAUCUAUUAAACCAUUAGAUGUUCCAACCAUUGUUGAAUCAGUUAAAAAAACUGGUCAUUUAGUUACUGCUGAAGCUGGUUUCCCAGCUUUCGGUGUUGGUUCUGAAAUUGUUGCUCAAAUUAUGGAAUCUGAAGCUUUCGAUUACUUAGAUGCUCCAGUUGAAAGAGUCACUGGUUGUGAAGUUCCAACUCCAUAUGCUCAAGAAUUAGAAGAUUUUGCUUUCCCAGAUGAACCAACUGUGGUUAGAGCUGCUAGAAAAGUCUUAGGUUUAUAA